AUGCCGACCGCAAUCCAGGACCUCCUCAAGGUUGAUGAUGACAGCUUCCCGUACAUCUACGAGGAAAAUCAUACGGUGAAGCUGCAAAGUGGACCUGGACUAGUUCGCCUGAAUGUCUACCGUCCUAAGACUCAGGCCAAAUGUCCGGUACUGAUCACCUACGGUCCGUAUGGGAAGGAUAUUCCGUACAAGGAUUUCCUGCCGCAUUCAUUCCAUGACCUGAACCCCGAACACCAAUCGGUGCACUCGGCAUUCGAGGUCCCCGACCCAGAGUACUGGACGAAGGAGGGAUACGCGAUUGUCCGGGCCGACGAGGUCGGGACCGGCCAGUCGCCAGGCAUCUGCGACACCAUGUCUAAGUCCACCAGCGAGGCCUUCGCCGAGGUCAUCCAAUGGGCGGCGGAUCAGCACUGGUCCACCGGAAAGGUCGGCUUGCUGGGGAUCAGCUACUUUGCGGGCACACAGUGGCGCGUGGCAGCCCGGCGUCCCCGGGGUCUGGCGGCAAUUGUUCCCUACGAAGGCAUGGCCGAUUAUUACCGGGACCGUUGCCGGCACGGUGGGAUCCUCACCGCGCCGUUCUUGAAAUUCUGGAUGGACCGUCAGGUGAAGUCGAAUCUGUACGGUCUGCCGGGCAAAGCAGCCCGGAACUGGGGCCCGGAUACCAUCGAGGGGGACCUCAGUGAGGAAGAGCUGCAGGCCAAUCUACGGGACCAGGCCGUCGACAACGCCCAGCACUUCUUCCGCGACGACGAGUACUACGCCUCACGCGACUAUAGUCUGGAGGAUAUCGAUGUUCCCCUGCUGUCUGUGGGCAACUGGGGCAGUAUUGUCGUCCACCUGCGCGGCAAUAUCGAAGGCUAUCUCAAUGCCGGCUCCCAGUACAAGUUCCUUCGCUUUACGGCCGGUCGUCAUGAUCUGCCCUUCUACUCUAAGGCGGAGGUGGAAGUGCAGAAGAGCUUCCUGAGUGCGUUCCUUAAAGACGACGACUAUGCCGGCUGGAAGACGGGCAAGAUGCCAAAGGUGGAUCUCAUCCUACGGCAGGGAAUGAUCCAGUAUGACUCGCAUGCCGCUGCUACAGGAGAAGUCUAUUCACGACGCGCCGAAAAUGAGUGGCCGCUAGCACGCACCGACUACACCAAGUAUUACCUGACUCCGCAGAAGAUAUUGACUUCGGAGGAGCCAUCCACCCCCAGUCAUCACACCCGACUGUCCUAUCGCGCGCUGACGGUUCCGGACGAUAACGAGUAUAUCCGAUUCGAGACCGCCGCAGCCACGCAACAGGUCGAAAUCACGGGUCACAUCGUGGCCCGCGUCCAUGUCUCCGUAACACCGGAUCUGGGCGGUCCCAUACCCAAAGAUAUUGAUAUCUUCCUGACUAUUCGUCACUGGUCGGCGGACGGCAAAGAGAUCUUCUUCACUGGCCCGAUUGGUAACCCCGUCCCUGUUAGUAAGGGUUGGCAGCGCGUGAGCCUCCGCAAGAUCAAUACCGAACACCCCAAUCAUCGCGCGUAUCGUCCUCAUCGGGACUUCUUCUCCACCGACGUGCAGCCCGUCCUCCCGGGUGAGAUCUACCCUGUGGAUGUGGAAAUAUGGCCCACCAACCUCAUCCUCAAUCCCGGCGAGAAAUUGUCCCUGGAAAUCAGCGGAGGGGAUACUCAGGGGGUGGGUAUCUUCAGCCACGAGUCCCCGGAAAGAUGUCCGGAGAGAUUUGGGGGCAUGAACUAUAUUCACUUUGGCCCGGGUCAUUUGAACUAUGUCGUCUUGCCGGUUAUCCCAGUAAAAUAG